AAUUUUCUAAGUUACCUAGCCAAAGAAUCAGAAGAAUCGUUGGAGAGACAAACAAUGGCAACUCUUACACAAGUUUGAAGGAGAAGAAAGAGCAGAAGCAGACGAAGCUAAUCCAAGUGAAAAAAAUGUCGGAGCAAAACCCUGCUGAUCAGGCCUUCUCCGCCCACUUCUUCCCGAACAGCUCCAACCCUAUUCCCAGCUUUAACCUCAACCCCAACUUCGACCUGCAAGUCCCCUUCCAGGUCAAGCGCAAGCGCACCGGCUUCCGUCGCCGCGCCUCUACCAAUCACCCGCUCCCCUCUCCACACACGUCCCAACUCUCACUCCCACCUCCACCACCGUCCCCGUCCCCGCCCCCGCCCAACCCAGCCACUCUUCACCCUGAUCCUGACAUCUCCGAUGAGAUCAUCGCCAUCAACAAGGAGGGCACCCUUCACCCUGAUCCCGACAUCUCCGAAGAGAUCAUCGUCAUCAACAAGGAGGCCACCUCCGAGGCCCUCAUCGCUCUAAGCGCCGGCUUCCCUGCCGACUCCCUUACCGAGGAGGAGAUCGAGGCCCGCGUCGUAUCCUCUAUCGGCGGCAUAGAGCAGGUCAACUACAUCCUCAUCCGUAAUCACACCCUUUGCAGAUGGAGGGAGAACGUCUCAAAUUGGCUCACAAAAGAAGCUUUUGUCUCGGUCAUCCCUCCCCAUUGCGUGCCUCUGCUGAAUUCGGCCUACCACUUCCUCGUCUCCCAUGGCUACAUAAAUUUUGGGGUUGCGCCUGCUAUCAAGGAGAGGUUUCCAGCAGAGCCAACCAAGGCGAAUGUGAUCAUAGUAGGCGCUGGCCUCGCUGGCCUUGCUGCUGCAAGGCAACUGAUGUCCUUUGGGUUCAAAGUUGUGGUUUUGGAAGGAAGGAAGAGGUGUGGAGGUAGAGUGUAUACAAAGAGGAUGGAAGGCGCAAACAAGUUUGCGGCAGCUGAUCUGGGUGGAAGCGUGUUGACUGGCACCCUAGGGAACCCGCUCGGAAUCAUAGCCAAACAAUUGGGUUCGACACUUCAUAAGGUCAGAGAUAAGUGUCCAUUGUACAGGCCAGAUGGGAUGCCGGUGGAUCCAGACUUGGAUACCAAGGUGGAGAAUGCUUUCAACAAGCUUUUAGAUAAGUCCAGCCAGCUGAGGCAGUCUAUGGGAGAAGUUGCGAUGGAUGUCUCACUUGGGGCUGCAUUGGAAACUUUCAGGCAGGUGUAUGGGGAUGCUGUCACUGAAGCGGAAAUGAACCUGUUCAAUUGGCAUUUGGCAAAUCUUGAGUAUGCUAAUGCUGGCCUACUUUCAAAGCUGUCGCUUGCCUUUUGGGACCAGGAUGAUCCAUAUGACAUGGGCGGUGAUCAUUGCUUCUUACCAGGUGGUAAUGGAAGGUUGGUUCACGCUUUAGCUGAUAGUGUUCCUAUUAUUUAUGAAAAGACAGUGCAUACAAUCCGGUAUAGUGGGGAUGGAGUGCAAGCUAUCUCAGGGUCACAAGUGUAUGAGGGUGACAUGAUACUGUGCACAGUUCCACUUGGUGUCCUGAAAAAUGGGAGCAUAAAAUUUGUACCAGAGCUGCCUCAGAGAAAACUUGAUGGGAUUAAGAGAUUGGGUUUUGGCUUGUUGAACAAGGUUGCAAUGUUGUUCCCUCAUGUAUUUUGGAACACAGAUAUUGAUACAUUUGGCCAUCUAUCGAAUGACCAAAGCCGGCGAGGGGAGUUCUUUUUGUUCUACAGUUAUGCAACGGUUGCUGGUGGACCACUCUUGAUUGCAUUAGUUGCAGGUGAGGCAGCACUUAACUUUGAAACCAUGCCUCCCACGGAUGCUGUGACAUUAGUUCUUCAGAUUCUUAGAGGCAUCUUUGAGCCACAAGGAAUUGAAGUUCCAGAUCCUCUCCAGAGUGUUUGUACUAGGUGGGGCACCGACUCCUUCAGUUUAGGAUCCUAUUCACAUGUUGGUGUUGGAGCAUCUGGGGAUGACUAUGAUAUCAUGGCCGAAAGUGUUGGAGAUGGCCGGCUUUUCUUUGCUGGUGAGGCAACAACAAGGCGCUACCCUGCUACUAUGCAUGGUGCUUUUAUUAGUGGCAUGAGAGAGGCUGCUAACAUGGCACACCAUGCUAAUGCUAGAGCUUUACAAAAAAAAGUGGAAAGAAGUGCUUCUAAGAAUACUCAAGCUUGUGCUUCUCUUUUAGCAGAUUUAUUUCGUGACCCUGACUUGGAAUUUGGAAGUUUUGCUGUUAUUUUUGGUCAUAAAUCAUCUGAACAGAAGUCUCCUGCAAUUCUUCGGGUAUCAUUGGGUGGUCCACGGAAAAGGAAUACAAGUGAGGUCUCGAGGGCAGAUCAACCACAUUCCAACAAGUUACUUUUUCAGCAGCUUCAAACACACUAUAAUCAGCAACAACAGCUCCAUGUCUACGCGCUUUUAUCUCGACAACAAUCUUUGGAACUCAGAGAGGUUAGAGGAGGAGAUGAUAUGAGGUUGUAUUACCUGUGUGAAAAGCUUGGUGUAAAGUUGGUUGGUAGAAGAGGAUUAGGACCUGCUGCUGAUACUGUAAUUGCCUCCAUUAAAGCUGAGAGGGGCAGUCGAUGAGAAAACUUCAUUUUUAUUCCAAGUUAAUGAUCCAAGAGCAA